CGCAGACUAAUUUUGUGUGGUAGAAAUUAAACUGGGGUCAAAGCAACCAGGGUGUCCGGUGUGUGUCGGUGGUCACGCUACCGAGUUGGUCUAGUUGGACAUUAACGGCGUCAGAAGAGGCGCGUGGGAGAGACCAGCGCGCUGUUGGCGAGAGAGGCAGCUUCUCAGAGAGGGCUGCUCGAGCCGACGGCUGCACGUGUUACCGUGUACACCCCCGCUAAUUUACCGUGAAGGACAGAGAGGGAGAGAGAUUUCUGACAGCUCGAGUAUAUUUGGCUCUGUGGGGGUGUCAAGGCGCGUGCUGAGUUUUGGAGACGUUUUAUUUAAUUUCUUGGUGGGAGAUGCACCUCGUGCCUGCCACAGAGCAACCUGAAGAAAGUAAAAUUAUUUUCACCACAUCUUAAAAGUCGGGGUAUUUUAGAAAACAACAGGUCUGGAUGCAUUAAGGGCAUUAGACUGGAGAAAUGCCGCCAACCCGGAGAAUAUCAUUUGUAACGGACACGGUCAAUUUCUGUCUGUUGGGGGACGAGUCGUGGACCAGAUAUGGGAAUUCAAACGAAAUAGUCAACGUGGAAAAGUGAAUCACUUGUUAAAACAACCGAUUGUGGUUGGCGCACGACUGUGUGCGCGCAGUGUGGAUCUGUCCUCGAGCUACGAGGGACAUAUCGAUAGAAAGCGGACGCAAUGAUGUGAAGCUCUCUCGCUCCCAAGGACGCUGUAUUUCCAACAGUUUAACAGUGGGAAUUCAAAGUUCGGGAUGUCAUCGAAGAUGCCCCUCCCUCUCCUCCUCCUCCUGUCCCUCGCCCGCUGCGGCUCCUCCCAGAACCCCGCCGCCCCUCCCCCCCACGGGUGUGGCUCGGACGUGGCCCCGCCCUACCGCGCCCUCUGCGACCUGGAGGCGGUGUGGGGCGUGGUCCUGGAGGGCGUGGUCUGCGGGGGCAUCCUCACCUCCCUGGUCCUCUCCCUGGUGCUGCUGGGGCGUCGGCGCUACGUCCGUGACCCAGGACAGCUCUCCGGCCUGGGCCCGCUGCUCCUCCUGCUGGCCUCCCUCCUGGGGCUCUUCUCCCUGGCCCUGGCCUUCUUGGUGGGCCGCAGCCCGGCCCUGUGCCUGCUCCGCCGGGCCCUCUGGGGCCCCCUGCACGCCCUGUGCUUCUCCAGCCUGGUGACCCAGGGCGUGAGGCUGAAGAGGCUGGUGUCCGGGCAUCGCAGCCCAUCCGGAGGCACCCUGGCUGGGGCGGCCCUGGGGCUGGCUCUGGUCCAGGGGAUCGUCUCCGGGGAGUGGGUGUUGCUGACGGUGGCCAGGGAGGGUCACUCGGCCUGCGACUACCCCCCGCUGGACUUUGCCCUGGUGUGCGGCUUCGCCCUGGCGCUGUUGCUGGUCGCCAUGACGCUGGCGCUGGCUGUCGUGCUGUGUGGGGGCGGGGGGGGGGAGGACGAGGGGGGGGAGGCUGGGGAAGUGGAAGGGGAGAAGAGGCGCUGGAGGUGUAACGGAGUGUGGCUCUUCCUGGCCUGCCUGGCCUCCGCCCUGCUGUGGGUCGGCUGGCUGGGCUUCUAUCUCUAUGGCGACCCGGCGCUGAAGGCAGGGUCGAGGGCGCGGGGGAGGGGGAGGGCGCGGGCGGCGGGGGCGUGGCGCGGGGGAGGGGGAGGAGGGGGGGCGGAGUGGGACGAGCCGGCGCUGGCGGUGGCAUUGGUUUCGCAGGGCUGGGUCCUCCUGCUCUUCCAUGCCAUCCCAGAAGCCCACCUGUGCCUGCGGAGCACCGCCCAGGCGGACGACCACAGUUACCACGACAGCGGUCAGCCCACGCUGACGCGGCGCUUCCCGGAGGACACGCCCCCGCACCCGCUACGCGUCUACGGGGCGGAGAACCAAGCCUUCUCCAUAGAGGAGCACAGCGCAGCUCUCAGAGGUGGAGCAUACCAUAAUGGCCACGGGGGGAUUCGUCCUGGCAUCCCUUUCAGAGGCCAUGUUUACCAACCAACUGAGAUGGCCCUGGUGAUGAACGGUGGGACGAUGCCCACAGCUCCUGUGAACUACACGGGCCGUCAACUUUGGUGAGGGUACCCCGUCUCCAAGGCAACAGGGUCUCCAGGGUUCUGGAACGUGUGAGGCCCCCCUCACCGCCCCCCUCACCGCCCCCCUCACCGCUCACCUCACCGCCCCCCUCACCGCCCCCCUCACCGAACAGCUCAGAGAAAUGGCAGGAUUGUGAGAUAGAGAGAUGAAGUAGGGAGACAUCAAAGAUACUCAUAAAGAUGAUUGUGUAGUAUAGACAGUUUAUUUCUCCCACCCCUCUCCCCACCCCCUCUCUCCCCACCCCCUUUCUCCCCACCCUUCCUUAACUUUGUCUGAAUGUUUAAAGCCUUUUCC